GGCAUCGUUCUCAUUAUAAAAGACCCAUUCAAUUCGUAAAUAUUCUGGAUCCGCGAUCUUUCUUCUCUUCUGCCCUGACUUUUUACCGGUUGUUGCGUUGUUCCAAAUGGCGUUCUUUCGAAGCGUUUCUGCACUUUCCCGGCUUCGCUCUCGCGUGGGUCAACAAUCUAGCCUUGCCAAUUCAGUUAGAUGGCUCCAAACUCAGACCCUCAGUAACAAUGAUCUUUAUUCUGAGUUGAAGGAACUUGUUCCUCAGUAUCAGGAACGUGUUAAGAAGCUGAAGAAAGAUCAUGGAAAUGUUGAAUUGGGAAAAAUCACUGUUGAUAUGGUACUUGGUGGAAUGAGAGGAAUGACUGCUUUAGUGUGGCUAGGUUCAGCUGUUGACCCGGAUGAGGGAAUUCGCUUUAGGGACAUGACAAUUCCUGACUGCCAGAAAAAACUUCCUGGUGCUUUUCCUGGUGGGGAGCCUUUGCCUGAGUCUGUACUGUGGCUUCUAUUGACAGGAAAGAUACCAAGUAAAGAGCAAGUAGAUUCAUUAGCCCAAGAAUUGCGAAGCCGUGCAACUAUCCCAGAUUAUGCUUAUAAGGCAAUUGAUGCGCUGCCUAUUUCUGCUCAUCCUAUGACUCAAUUUACUACUGGUGUCAUGGCCCUACAGGUGCAGAGUGAGUUUCAGAAGGCAUAUGAGGGUGGGUUAGCUAAGGCUAGGUAUUGGGAGCCAACUUAUGAGGACAGCAUGAAUUUAAUUGCUCGUUUGCCAGCAAUUGCUGCUUAUAUUUAUCGACGGAUAUACAAGGAUGGGAAAAUCAUACCAUUGGAUGAUUCUUUGGAUUACGGUGCAAAUUAUGCUCACAUGUUAGGAUUUGAUGAUCCAGAAAUGCUAGAGUUUAUGAGGCUGUACAUUUCCAUUCAUAGUGAUCAUGAAGGCGGCAAUGUUAGUUCUCACACGGCCCACCUAGUUGCUAGUCCACUAUCAGAUCCUUACCUUUCUUUUGCGGCUGCUUUGAAUGGCUUAGCUGGGCCACUGCAUGGUUUGGCCAAUCAGGAGGUUUUACGAUGGAUCAGAUCAAUAGUUGCAGAGUUUGGAACUCCAAACAUAAGUACAGAACAAUUGACUGAUUUCAUUCAUAAAACAUUGAAUAGUGGCCAGGUCGUGCCUGGAUAUGGACAUGGGGUUUUGCGCAAGACAGACCCAAGAUACACAUGCCAGAGGGAGUUUGCUUUGAAGCAUUUGCCUAACGAUCCACUUUUCCAACUGGUGUCUAAAAUAAAAGAGGUUGUGCCUCCCAUUCUUACCAAAUUAGGCAAGGUUAAAAAUCCAUGGCCUAAUGUUGAUGCUCACAGUGGAGUGCUACUGAACUACUAUGGUCUAACUGAGGAAAACUAUUAUACUGUUCUAUUUGGUGUAGCGAGGAGUAUUGGAGUUGGCCCUCAGUUGAUAUGGGAUCGUGCUCUUGGAAUGCCACUAGAAAGGCCCAAAAGUGUCACGCUGGAAAAACUCGAGAAAUUGUGCGCUGGAUCUGCGUAAACCUUAAAUUUAAAGCACUAUUUAUGUUAUUAUUUGCUAAAAUACACUCUACGUUAGAUGCACGGUGGUUUUAAAUUGAAAAUUUGGUUUGAUUGUGAUGAGGAAUAUUCAUUACCCUCCCCUUUUCCGGCCAUAACUGUUUUCGAGAUUUUUGUAUUUAGGUAAACGGUGGUUUAUCACCCUCACAGUUGUCUUUCUAUUUUUUCUGAACUAUAUAAGUUAGGUUUCAGGGAGCAUCAUAAUAAAGGCAUUAUUGUUUUGGGGUUAUCCCUUGUAUUCAUUUUAAAUUAGGAUUUGCCCCUUUUGACUAGUGAUCAAUAACAUGUAUUUACUUGAAGUCGUUACCAGGAAUAAAAUCU